GAUCUCUUAAAAGUAGGUACCUCGUUCUUUGUAAAUUAUUUUACAGAAUAUAUUCCAAAAAGAAGUAAAAUUUUAGUUAGAUAAGUGCAAAGUAAAUAAGGAUUUUGUAAAAUGAGGUUAGCCUUAUGCCUUGCUUUUCUGUUGUCAGCUGCCCUAGCAGCCAACAUGAAAAUAAAUCCCCUCUCAGAUGAGUUCAUCAAUCACAUUAACAGCCAACAAAAUAACUGGAAAGCUGGCAAAAAUUUCGAUAAAAACAUCCCUAUUAGCGAAAUUAAAAAACUUUUGGGUGCUCGUAAGCGCAUUUCAAAAUCGAAACUGAAUCCUACUGUUCACAGUAAAGAUAUAGAAAUUCCUGAGUCGUUUGAUGCCCGUACCAAUUGGCCAAAAUGCUCUAAAGUUAUUGGUGAAAUUGCAGACCAAUCUGAUUGUGGUUCCUGUUGGGCUGUAUCGACAGCUUCCGCUAUCAGCGACAGACGAUGCAUUGCAUCCGGUGGUUCCUUACAAGUACCUGUUUCUGCCGAAGACUUGAUAUCCUGUUGUUAUGCCUGCGGCUUUGGAUGUGAUGGAGGUUUCAUGUACAGUGCAUGGGACUAUUGGAUUCAUACAGGUAUAGUUACUGGCGGCAGCUAUAAUAGUUCUUUGGGGUGCAAACCUUAUUCGCUUCAACCAUGUGACCACCAUGUUGAUGGUCAAUACGUACAGUGUUCAACUUUGUCUUAUGGUACACCAGACUGUACAAGUAGUUGUAGCUCCAGUGAAUUGAACUAUAAAUCUGAACUGACUUAUGGCAAACAUACGGUAGAAGAUUUUAUUGAAGUUGAAGACGUACAGAGAGAAAUUUUACAAAAUGGACCUGCUACGGCUUCUUUUGAUGUGUUUGAAGAUUUCUUGAGCUAUAAAACUGGUGUCUACCACCAUGUUGUUGGAAAAUCUUUAGGUCAUCAUGCAGUAAGACUGAUUGGAUGGGGUACGGAAAACAACGUUGAUUAUUGGCUAGUGGCUAACUCUUGGAAUGAAGAUUGGGGAGAUAACGGUCUAUUUAAAAUCAAAAGAGGCGUUGAUGAAUGUGGUAUCGAAAACGAGAUAAAUGUAGCGCAAGCUAAAGUUUAAAUAAUUAUACGUUUCAAUAAAGUUGUAUUGAUUUCUUA